CUAGUAUAAAGUAUCACCUCCAUUCCGCAAUCGAAAUUCAAACACCCCCAUCCAUUCUCUCUCUAUCUUGCUGUUUCAGUUUUCAUUUUCCUCUUCCCUUCCCCCCACAUGAGGGAAGAACGGAGAUCUGUUACUUACUCCUCCUCCUACUACUACUACUGCAUACUACUACAACCCUUUGAGCGAUGGAGAGUCCCUAUUAUGCACCGCCUCACCUGGACGCUGCUGCAUCAUUGUCCUCUUCUUCUUCUUCUCGGCCCUCCAUAGGAUUCCCUCUCGGAACAGCUCUCCUAUUGAUCAUCAUCUUCAGCUUGAGCGGCGUCUUCUCCUGUUGCUAUCACUGGGACAAGCUCCGAUCUCUCCGUCAAUCUUCCCACGCUCAUCCAGAUCCAGAUGUCGAAGCUCAUCAUCAUCCCGAUGUCUCUCCCUCCAACCCUAAUUCUACUCACAUCAGUUUGAAGCAGAACCAAAGCGAAAGCUUGCCGGUAUUAAUGCCUGGUGAUAAGAUACCCAAGUUCAUAGCGCUGCCAUGUCCAUGCGAGCCUCCCAGACUGGCCAAAAUCAUUGUGCACGUCCAGAAGCCGCCUAAGCCGCCGCGCAUAGCUGUGCCUUUGUAUUAAUUACCAAAUUAGCCUAUUUUGGAAAUUAGGAAAAAAAUUAUUUUUUUUUAGUGUUUUUUUUAUUAAAAAAAAAACUUAUAAAAAAAAAUAGAGGAAUGAUGUGAUUUAUAUAAUUUAAUAAUUCAGUAAAUUGAUUUUUUUCCCUAGUUGUUAAAAUAGACCAUGUUAUAUGAUUUUUAGAAGUAAUUCCACAUCCUGUUAUUUGUAAGAAUAAUGUUAUAUGUAUCAAUUAAUAUACACAUUAGUAUAUUAACAGAUGAUAUGAUAUCAUUUG